UACCCCACAGCGAAAAAAUUCCAGUUACCAAGUACUUCAGUUCAAUUGCUGCUACUUCAGCCACAAUUGAGAGCCACUUCACACCCAAUCCACCUCAGCCGGAAACAGAUAAACUCAUGGGGGAAGUUUGAGUAUAAAUUAUGAAGAAAGUUCGACAAACAAUCAGUCUAAAAUCUUCUCUCAUUUUAUCAACGACAAAGGGAUAAAGGCUCAAGUUGAAGAUGAAAUUCUUUGCUCUUUUUGCCAUCAUCGCCACUGUGGCUGCUUCUCAGGCCUUCACAGUUGAGAAGAUCUCAACUCGUGGCUUGGAUCAGGACUUCCAGGAUUUCUUGGACUUGGUCCCAGUUGAGGCUAUCAUCAAACUAGCCGUCGACUACCUUGGCAGUGACAAGGAAUUCCAAGCUGCCUAUGCCUACUUGGCUAGCCCUGAAUUCGCCAAACUGUGGGAAGGUUUCUUCAAGCUCAACGACGUCAAGGAAUGCGCCAAAUUCCUCCAAGCUGCUGGACUUGAUGUCUACGACCUGCUCAACCAAUUUGGUGGUCUCUUCAAUCUUCCCCCAGUGAAGCCAAGCAUUGUUCGUCGUGGAAGUGGUCUCGAGGGAUUCCUCAAUGAUGUCUUGGCUCUUCUGCCCAAGGAUAAGCUUGUUGCUCUCUUCAAGGAGAAGCUUCAGACCAGCCCUGAGUUCAAGGCUUUCGUCGAUAAGGUCACCAGUCCUGAAUUCGAGAAGCUCACCCAGAAUGUUCUCAACAACAAAGAAUUCCAGGAUUACCUCAAGGAACUCAAAGCCCAUGGAUUUGAUCUCAAGAAAUUCUUCGAAAUUGUCAAGAACUUCUUUGGCUUGAACUAAUGCAGAAAAUAUCUGAAUUGACCUCAAUUUGACCUGAAUUUACCCAAAAUUGUUUGAAAAAAAACGGUUUUUUAUGUUAAUAAAAUUUAAAUAAUAUUGAAAA